AGCGCCCAACUGCAGACGAGAUGGAUGAACAGAGGAGGCAGAACAUUGCCUACCAGUACCUGUGUCACCUGGAGGAAGCCAAGCGCUGGAUGGAGGCCUGUCUGGGUGAGGAGCUGCCCCCAUCCACAGAGCUGGAGGAGACCCUGCGCAAUGGGGUCCUGCUGGCCAAGCUGGGCCACUGCUUUGCCCCUGCUGUUGUCCCAUUGAAGAAGAUCUACGACCCUGAACAGACACGGUACAAGGCAGCCGGGCUUCACUUUCGGCACACGGAUAACAUCAACCACUGGCGCAGUGCCAUGAGCCACGUGGGGCUGCCCUCGAUCUUCCACCCAGAGACCACUGAUGUGUAUGACAAGAAGAACAUGCCCCGGGUGGUCUACUGCAUCCAUGCACUCAGCUUCUACCUCUACAAGCUGGGGCUGGCUCCUCCGAUCCAGGACUUGUAUGGGAAAGUGAACUUCACAGAGGAGGAGAUCAACAACAUGAAGCGGGAGCUGGAGAAGUAUGGGCUGCAGCUGCCUGCCUUCAGCAAGAUUGGCGGCAUUUUGGCCAACGAGCUCUCAGUGGAUGAAGCAGCAGUCCAUGCCGCGGUGCUGGCCAUCAAUGAAGCCGUGGAUCGGGGGGUGGUGGCCCAGACAAUGGAGACCCUGCACAACCCCCACGCGAUGCUGGUGGGACUGCGUGAGGAGCUGGCAGGUGCCUACCAGGAGGUGCUGCACCAGGCCAAGCUGGAGAAGGGCAGCAAUGCCAGAAACAGGUACUCACAGGUCAUCCCUGAAGGAGAGGAUGUCUAUGACUGGUGUCUGACCCAGGCUGAAAUCCAAGGGAACAUCAACAAAGUGAACGUGCGUGGGGCUCUGGAAGAGGUGGACAAUGCCCUGGAGAGACAGGAUGUGCUGGUGCUGCACCGUGCACUGCAGGACCCCGCCCUGGCCCUGCGCUGCCUCCAGCGCGACAACCUUGAGCUCUACUUGGAGCAGCUCAGCACGGACCGGGAGGAGAAGGCACUGGAAUUGGGCUACUUGGAGCUGCUGGAGCAGGAGGAGGUGCAGGCAGGGAUCCUCACAGCAAACCAGAGGGACAAGGAGCAGCGAGCCAUGCUGCAGGCUGUGGGCCGGAUAAAUGCUGCUAUCCGUCGAGGGAUGCCAGCAGAAACCUUGGAAGCACUGAUGGACCCUGCAGCCCAAUUGCCUGAUGUGCAUGUCCCUGCUGCCCCCCUGUACCAGCACCAGCUGGCCCUGCUGCAGAGCCAACACCCACAGGGAGAGUUGGCACAGGAGGAGUUGUUUGUGGCUGUGGAGAUGCUCUCAGCUGUGGCACUGGUUAACCAAGCCCUGGAUGCCAGGAACCCUAACAGGCUCUGGAGCAGCCUGGUCAGCCCUGUCCUGGGCCUCUCAGGAGUUAAGGAUACAAAUGCACAGCGGUACUUUGAUGACUUGUUGCAGCUGAAAGACCAAUCAAGGAAAGCAGGAGCUGAAUUCCUGAGCUGGAAUGACAUUCAAGACAGCAUCAACAGCACCAAUUCAUCAGUGCAGGAUGAAAACGACCGAGUCCAUGCAGUCCGGCUGGUGAACGAGGCACUGCUGCAGGCAGACCCUGAGAGGACACUGGCAGCACUGCUGCUGCUGGCACCUGCCCUGCCUGACAUUGCCCUUCCAACUGCCCCACGCUACCACAGCAUCCUGUCCAGGGCACGGAGGCACAAAGUCCAGGCCACAGAGGACAAUGGAGCUGUUCUUUGGUGGGAAGAGAUCCAGGAAGGGGUUUGCCAGGCCAACCAGGACACAGUGGCAGCCAGGAACAUGGCUCUGGGCAUAGCUGCCAUCAACCAAGCCAUCAAGGAAGGGAAGGCAUCACAGACACUGAGGGUGCUGUGCAACCCUGAUGUGGCCCUGUGUGGGGUGGUGGAUGCCUGUGCUGACACCUACCAGCAGCAGCUGGCAGCUCUGAUGGCCACCAAGAGACCAGCAGGGAAUGUGAAGCCAUCCUGGGUCCAGCACAGGCUGCUGGAUGGAGCUGAGUACUACCUGAACCUGCAGACCUUGGAGGGCAGCUGGCAGCGCCCACGCAACGGCAGCUUCAACACCACCCAUCUGAGCCGGGAGGAGCUCCAGUCGGUCAUCACCCGUGUGACAGCGGCACACGAGCGGGAGCUCCUGUGGGCAGCCAGCGUGUCCUUGGUGGUGAGGCUGCAGGCGCGGCUCCGCGGCUUCCUCGUUCGCCAGCGGUUUGCGGCGCGGCGGCACGUCCUGCAGGAGCAGAGGCCAGCUGCAGUCAGGAUCCAGGCUUGUUGGAGGGGGUACAGACAGCGCAGAGCUUACCUGGAGAGGCUGCACUACCUGAAAUCCAACACAGAGGCUGCAAUCAAGAUCCAGGCAGCUGUGAGGAUGUGGCAGACACGGAGGAAAUACCAGGAGAGGCUGCACUACUUCAGACAGAAUAUUAAAGCUGUAAUAAAAAUCCAGGCUUUUGUGCGAGCAAACAAGGCCCGUGGGGAUUACAGGAUGCUGGUCCACACCAAGAGUCCACCCUUGAGCAUCGUCCAGCGUUUCAUCCACCUGCUGGAGCAGAGCCAGCACGAUUUCUGGGAGGAGUCGGAGGUGCUGCGGCUGCAGGAGGAGGUGGUGAAGAGGAUCCGCGCCAGCCGGCAGCUGGAGAACGACCUGGACCUCAUGGACAUCAAGAUUGGGCUACUGGUCAAGAACAGGAUCACUCUGCAGGAGGUGGUCUCCCACUGCAAGAAGCUGACCAAGAAGAACAAGGAGCAGCUCUCAGAGAUGAUGUCCAGGGACAAGCAGAAGGGGCUCAAGUCGCUCAGCAAGGAGAAGCGGCAGAAGCUGGAGGCCUAUCAGCACCUCUUCUACCUGCUGCAGACACAGCCAGUGUACUUGGCCAGGCUGAUCUUCCAGAUGCCCCAGAACAAGUCCACCAAGUUCAUGGAGUCGGUGAUCUUUACGCUUUACAACUACGCGUCCAACCCACGGGAGGCUUAUCUGCUGCUCCAGCUCUUCAAAGUGGCAUUGCAGGAGGAGAUCAGCUCCAAGGUGGACCACGUUCAUGACAUCCUGACGGGCAAUGCCACAGUGAUCAGGCUGGUGGUCAGCUUCUACCGCAACGCGCGCGGGCAGAACGCCCUGAGGCACAUCCUGGCUGGCCCAGUGCAGGAGGUCCUGCAGGACAAGGCCCUCAGCAUCCGCACAGACCCUGUGGACAUCUACAAGGCGUGGAUCAACCAGACUGAGUCGCAGAGUGGGCACAGAAGCAAGCUCCCGUAUGAGGUCAGUCCUGAGCAGGCUCUCAGCCACCCUGAGGUCCAAAGGCGGCUGGACAUCUCUGUCUGCAAUCUCCUGGCAAUAACAGACAAGUUUGUCUCUGCCAUCACCUCUUCUGUUGAUAAGAUCCCCUAUGGGAUGCGCUACAUGGCCAAAAUCCUGAGGACAUCCUUGGUUGAGAAAUUCCCCAAGGCCCCAGCAGAGGAGGUUGAUAAGAUUGUGGGCAACCUGCUCUACUACCGCUUCAUGAACCCAGCGGUGGUGGCCCCUGAUGGCUUUGACAUCGUGGACGUGUCGGCCGGGGCUGCCCUGCACCCCGAGCAGCGCCGCAGCUUGGGCUGCAUCGCCAAGGUGCUGCAGCACGCCGCCGCCCGCAAGGCCUUCGAGGGGGACAGCUCCCAUCUCUGCAGGCUCAACCAGUACCUGGAGGACACCCACAGCAAGUUCAGGAGCUUCAUCUCUGCUGCCUGCUGUGUCCCUGAACCUGAAGAGAGAUUUAACAUGGAUGAGUACUCAGAGAUGGUGGCAGUGGCCAAACCAGUCAUCUACAUCACUGUGGGGGAGCUCAUCAACACACACAAGCUCCUGCUUGAGCACCAGGACUCCAUUGCACCACAGCACAGUGACCCCCUGCAUGAGCUCCUGGAGGAUCUUGAUGAACUCCCUACAGUCCAGUCCCUGGUUGGGGAGAGUGUUGCCAGCCUGGGAGACAGCAGUACUGAGCAGGUGCUCUCCCAGUUCAGCAGAACAGAGAUCUCCCUCACCCUCACCAACAAGCUGAUGCCAGUGGCCAACAGUGAGGAGAGUGACACGAGGAGCCUGCUGCUGAGCACCAAGCAGAUGCUGGUGGAUUUGAUCCAGGCCCAGCCAGGAGAUUCCCUCCCAGAAAUCCUGUGGACACCAGCCUCAGAGCAUGAGGAAGCUGCACACGAGCGCCUUGUGCGCCAGCGCGCGCUGCGGGACGCCCAAGCCUCUGCCCAGCUGAAGCGCCAUCGCUCCCUGGCUGCCAACGGGCAGCUCUCCAUGGAGGAGAAGAAGCGCAAGGUCAUCCGCAACCUGCGGCGCUUGGAGAGCCUGGGGCUGGUGGACUCUGCCAACCAGUACCAGGAGCUCGUUGAUGAGCUGGCCAAGGACAUCCGGAACCAGCGGCGCCACCGGCAGCAGCGCCACGGGGAGCUCCUGAAGCUGAGGCAGACUCUGGAGGGCCUUGAUGCCAAGACUCUGUUUUAUGAGGAGCAAAUUGAUUAUUACAACCAGUACAUCAAGACCUGCCUCAACAACCUGGCAGCCAGCAACAAGGUCAGUGGGAAGAGCAAGAAGCUGCCAUCACUGCACUACACAGCAGCCCAGCUGUGGGAGAAGGGGGUGCUGCUGGAGAUCCAGGACCUGCCACCCAGCCAGCUCAAGAAUGUGAUUUUUGACAUCAUCCCCUGUGAGGAAUCAGGCAAGUUCCAGGUGAAAGCCAAAUUCAUGGGGAUCGACAUGGAGUGCUUCCAGCUGCACUACCAGGACCUGCUGCAGCUGCAGUAUGAGGGUGUAGCAGUCAUGAAGAUGUUCGAUAAGGCCAAGGUCAAUGUCAACCUGCUCAUUUUCCUCCUCAACAAGAAGUUUUUCAAGAAGUAACAGGGUCAGGGGUGGGGCUGCAGAGAAGGGGAGCAAUGUAAACCUGCCAAAGAGACCUGAGGGUCAGUGGUCCUAGGGCAGGAAAGCUGCUGCUGGCCAUGGAGCUUUCCUGCAUGGGUGUGUGUGCUUGAGCAUCUGCAGCCAGCACUGCCUGACUGGGGAGCACAGGGCUCAGCCCCAGCCCUGGGCACCCUGAGCUUGGUACUAAACCAGUGCCCAACCUCCCUGCAGGAGGAUGCAGCUGCUAAAGCUUUUAUAGCAUGUGAUACUUUUAAAAUCUAUUUUAUCUGGGUAUUUUGGCUGUUUAAUUCCUGUCUUGCCAACAGCCAGCUGCCCAAGGACACUGUAUUUCUGACACUACAGAGGUUUUACUGAUGUAAUAAAGGUAUUCUAAUAUAUCUACAUCUAUCUAUCUAUAUCUAUAUGUAUGUAUUUAUUUCUUCCUCACACUAAGGCUGGGGAAAUGUCUGAAUCAGUCUUUAUAUGGAGGGGUAGGGAGAGGCCAGAACAGAGGGGCAAUAACUGUUUGUGAAGACACCUGUGAGCUCUUCUCUAGUCUGUUGAGGUACAGUAGAAGAAUUUUGAUUUUAAAGAUGAGUUUCACUGCUCUUCAGCCAGGCUGUGAAACAAGAGUGAGGCUCAGUGCCACUGCUGCCCCAUGGCUGCUUUGAGGGACUGGAGCAGGGACCACACUGGUGCCUGGCAUCUGCUGUGGAGCAACCCCACAGCACCAUCUCAGUAGGGAUGGUGGUGUCUGUGUCCCCUCUGGAUUUGCUCUGGUGAUUAAUCGGUUUUCAAGUGUGAGACAAUGACUGUGUUUGGCCAUGGCUGCUUUUAAAGCACUUUCUCUCCAUGUGAGCUCCCUCUCCAGCCCCUUCCAUGGGAUGGGAAAGGAGCUGCUGGUAGUCUCAUCUCCUCCCACCCCAUCUUGGGAGCAGCAGGUCCCAAACCUGCUCUGCAGAGGAAGUUUUUUGGGGGAUUGGAAUAAGAAUCUCCCUUGCUGCUCAGUAACUGCUGUGGGACCUUGAGGCAGCUCAGUGGUACCUGAUCUAUUGGCAUCUCAGGCUCUGUCUUGUCUUUGGAAAGUGAUGUUUGUUUGUGAGGUUUUUAAGUGUUUUUUUUCUUUCCCUCAUCUAACUGCCUCAAAC